AUCCGCUGGGUUGGAGACAAGUCGAGGUGUAGCAACGGAGACCGUGAAGAAGACAUGGACCUGACAGAAUGAUUCCCGCGGGCAGGGUGUAUGUACCCGCAGUCCGCAUCGAUUUCUCGAAUCCGCAGGAGUGCCAGAGCCCGAUAGAUCCGAGGUCGAUCCGCGCUAUCUACUUGGCGUCGAACGCGUCUUUAGAAACGGUAACAUCCACCAUUUCGAGCACAGAUGUAGCUCAGCCCAACCAAAGAACGUCGUUGUUGUCCGAGAAAUGCGGUCGGGUUUGUCCAACGGCUACGUAUCUCGUGAUCAAUUUCGUUUGGAUGUCAACUGGCAUCGCUGGAAUAGCCCUCGGGAAUCUCGUCAAUAGAAGGUACUUCUCGAUACUGCUCUUGAGCGUUUUCGCCUUGAUGAUCGCAGUCAUAUACCGCUUCUUUUAUGACUUGGAGCACAUGGACACAACGCCGUCGCCGGCUCCGGACUACACGAGCACAACCACGCCAACCCACUCGCACCGGAGUCUACCCCCUGCGUAUUCGACUAUUGUGAGGUCCGAGACGCCUCCGCCCAGCUAUCAGGAAUCACUCACCAUUCUCAAGGCUGGCAACUCAGCGUUUCGAGUUCCGACCAUCAGUGCGAGCAUUCGAGCGAAGUAGACGGUCUCUGGAUUCAUGAUUCGCAAAUCUGAAGAUCUUUAUCGACGAAACAAAUUCCUUCGUCCCGACGAUUGUUCGGACAUAGAGCCGUCCCGAAAGUGCUCCGCUCUCGGGAGUGAUUUUCGUACGACGUACAAGAGAACGAAUUUUGCAGACCGAAGUAAUUUCUGUUCCCUCGAAACAGAUUCUCGCGGAUGUUUCAGAUAUUAGGCUAGAUAUGACGGUCAUGAUCCGAAUCAAUCGAAAUGGUGUCAAUCAAAACAGUGGACGAAAUUCCUCCGAUAUGAAAAGUGACCGAGGAGUGUCAAGAACGUUGGUGUUCUUGGCCUCGUUUGCCAGUGUUUAUAUGUUGGCUCGUAUUGCAUCCGCUGUGCAGUAUGUGCUCUCCGGUGAGUGUACAUCCGGUUUAUGACCGAAUAUCGAGGGAACCCGUUGCGAGAGCUCUCGUGUCGUUUCUGUUCUUGAUCGUAUUUUUAGGAAGAAUCGUUCAUUUCGAACAUUUGUAGCCUUGUAGGUAGCGUAUGCGGUCCUUCAAAGGGUCCGAUUAGCUGGGUAAGAUCUGAUUAGUGCGUGGUCCGUCGAAGUUUGGUGACUAAGUAGUCAUCGAAGCUAGGACGGAUAUGAGGAGAGCGUGACGAGUGAAAUAAUUUAAUUCUGUUAAUAAUUCAAUGUGCGGUGACAGAUUCACCAACACCUUGCGACCACUAACCAAGUUCUCGGGUAUGCUUGAGAACCGUUCUAAAUCGAUUUGCUUCGAAAGCGAGUAUUUGUACAUGUUUCCUGAAUGAGUACGUCCGACUUGCUAAAGUUUCGAGACGUCAAUAAGCGAUAAGCUUUUCCUUGAUAAAUGAAGCCUUGAUCGAGGAACGACGAUGAGAUGUCUAGUCAAAGUGAUUCAGUACACGGUCUGAGGGGGCCGGAGCUCUGUCACUCGCCCUCAGGUUUGUGAUGACGUACUGAAUCGAGUAUUUUUUGUGACUCAUAAGAGCUACGCAAUGUGCUGAUUCCUCUUUCCCAGUCAUAUCGCCCAUCGGGAGUAAGCAUUCCAUCGAGACUAAAGCGCUCAUUGCGCUCAAUAUUGCGAAACGCAUUUCUGUGAAAAUCGAGUAUAUCGGUCCAUUUCGCGGACAUCCGGCGUGCUUUCUGCGCAUCUUGUUCGGGGAGAUGUGCCGCAACGAAAAUGAGAGAUAUCAAAGCUAGAAUAAAAUUCACA